ACCACAGCUGUGACAGCUGUUUACCUUAGUUUUUACGGUUUUUACUAUGGAUUUUUCAGUUACUUCGUAAUACCUAAUUACAGUUUUAAUAACUUUAAAACCAUGGAAGAAGUAAAAAAAAUAUCUUAUAAGUAUUGUAUAGUACCGGAGUGCACAAAUACUACUCGAAAAACACCCGACAAAGUGUUUUUUCGUAUUUCAAGUGAUGCAAAAAUACGAAAACAGUGGUGUAAGGUGAUGAGAAGGGAUAAUAUAUCUCCUAAAUCGUGUUUAUAUUGUUGUGAAGAUCAUUUUAACGUUAAGGAAGAUACAGAAAAUUAUAUUGAAUACAAUUUAAUGAAAGAGCAAGGAGAAAAACGUACUCUACGGUUGAAGAAAGGAGUUUUGCCGCAUAUAUUUUUGUGUCAAAAACGGAGGAUGCCAUUACCAAAGGAGAGAAUGGCUGUAGUUAAAAUGCAAAGAUUGACACUGGUCAAUGAAGCCCUUUCAUCAGAGAUAGCUAUCAAAAGUAGUGUUAGCGAACCUUCACAAAGAAGUGAUCACGAACUGAAUCCAAGUACUUCCUACACAAAUAUCUGUGAUCAACCAGGAUGCAGUACUUCCCGUAUUGGAUGUGAUGCUCUUCAGGUAGAGCUUUCCACUUCUCAUAUUGAGAAGAAAUUGCAUUGUGACAAAGCUGUGCAAGUUAAUAUUAAACCGAACUAUAGAAGUAAAGGUGUCAAUGUAAAUAUACCUACUAAAAAACAAAAUGUAGCACUGUCACCAUUUCCUUUUGUAACACAAAAUAUAGGAACUUCACCAGUAAAACUAUCUGUUUUAGAAAGAAAAUUGUUUACUGAAAACACAGCAGAUACUAUUUCUAUAUCAUCUUAUUUUUCUACAAACUCUACUGAUUAUGAACCAAGUUAUCAAUCUGAGUCGUGUAGUAUCAUGCUAACUGAUAUUGAAAAAGAGCCAAAAAUGUUGUUAGGAUUACCUUAACAAUCAUAUCAUAAAACUUUUAAGUGAUAAUAUUCCGCUUCCUGGUAAACACAUAUUAAUAACCCUCAAGAAAAUUAAAUUAAAUGAGUCCUUUAGCAUCUUUGCACUACAAUUUGGA